AUGCGAUCAGACCCCCGGUUCGGAAAGACCGUUGUUCGGCAUCAAUCCAGACGAUUUAUACCGAAUCGCGGAAGUUCUUUUCUCCAGACAAUUUUUGGCGGAGCCGUCAAAAUCAACAACGAGUCUCCUUUCUUUUACUUUCUGUCGACCAAACUCACCUCAAACAGAACCCUCAAAAUCUCUGGCAACAAUCUUGUCCUGCUAGGUCAGUCUAAUAACUCUGUUUUAUGGUCCACGAAUCUUACUAGAGGAAAUAUUAGUUCUCCAGUGGUAGCAGAACUUCUUUCCAACGGUAAUUUUGUAAUGAGGUACUCCAACAACACUACAAGUGGAUUCUUGUGGCAGAGUUUCGAUUUUCCGACGGAUACUUUAUUUCCGGAGAUGAAACUAGGUUACGAUCGCAAAACAGGGCGCAGCAGGUUCCUCACGUCAUGGAGAUCCAAAGAUGAUCCCUCAAGCGGGAAUUUCACGUACAAACUCGACACUAGAAGGGGUUUGCCAGAAUUUUUCGUGAUGGCUAACGAUUUUGAAAUAUAUCGGAGCGGUCCGUGGAAUGGAAUCGAGUUUAGUGGCAUACCGAAGGCGAAGGAUCAAGGACUGAGUUUCAUGGUUUGCAGUUAUACGGAGAACAGCGAUGAGGUAUCUUACACGUUCCGUAUUGCCUCCCAAAGCUUCUUCUACUCUAGAUUGACAAUCGAGGCCUCUGGGAACCUCGAUCUAUUCACGACGUCGUUCCUGUCAUCUCGAUGGAGGGCUUUGAGAAAUUUACCGGUUGACGAGUGUGAUUAUUAUAAUUUAUGUGGUUCUUAUGCUUAUUGUGAAAUGAACUUAACCUUUACAUGUAAGUGUUUCCAAGGGUUCGAUCUUAUGAACCCGGAGCAGUUGAACUUGACAGAACGAUCAGGUUUUUACUGUAUGAGGAGGACACCGCUGAGCUGUAGCGGAAAUAGGUUUUUAGUGAUGAAGAAUAUGAAACUGCCAGAUACCAAGAUGGCGAGUUUUGAUCGGAGGAUUGACUUGCAAAAAUGCCAAGAGAGGUGCCUUAGCGAUUGUGACUGUACAUCUUUCGCGGCUGCGGAUGUUCGUAAUGGCGGAACGGGUUGUCUCAUUUGGAGGGGCGAUCUGAAUGAUACCCGGAUUUACUCCCUCGCCGGUCAAGAUCUUUAUGUCAAAAUUGCUGCUGUUGAUACAGGUUAG